AUGGUGGGUGGGACAUACUCGAGCUUCAGCGCGACCGGCAACUGGGGGCAAGGCACAGACAGUGAGCAAGAUGACUGGCCGAAGGGCAAUGGCGCUGGUCACCGCGGAGCAAGAACACCUGUGAAACGCCGCAUCCUGGCCAGCUCUACGGGUCUGCCUCCUUAUGUCACCUCGUACCUCCGUGACGCCAUGAAGAGACGCGAGGCGACCACCAAGGUUCUCAGACGCAGACAGUUUGGAAACUCAACCCCAGUCAAUAAGCCUACGGCUCGCGGUAGUGGUCGUAGUUCUGGCAAGCCUCAAACCUUGAAGUCCGCCACCAGCAACAAAUACCACAAGGCAGUCUUUCCUGGCAUGAGAGUUCCGGUCCAUAUGCGCAAGGGUGACAAGGGAGCCCACGACGGAUACCGACCCAAUAGUGGUGUCACCCAGCCUAACCGACAUGAAUUUGUCCCUGUUAUGUCGGUCCAAUGCCCUAUGCCUGGUGGUACAGCAGUCACCAUGAGUACCGAUCCGGUGCAGAAGGUCACCUGGGGCCCAAUCACUAGGAUUGAGGCGAGCAGGGAAGCACGAGAGUUGCUCAACCUUUGGCUCGAGGCCGUGAGUGAUGUAAAGAAAACAAAGGAGAAAGGCAAAGAGGAGGACGAGAGCGAUGAGAGCGAUGAGGAUGAAACAGACAAGCCUAUGAAGACAAAGAAAGUCAAGAAUGGUGAUAACGCAGCCUCAGUUGUGGCCGGCUUCAAAGCUGAUGGAUGGUCGGGUCACAAGGACCGGCAGAACAUGUCCGUCAACGACGACCUCACACCAGCAACCACGUCUCAAGCGGACACUGAAGCAACCACGGACACCAACCCUCCAUGUCGCUUCCUAAAACCCCCACCACCAACACCGCCCGACACCAUCUUCCACAAGACACACUCAGUAGCAGCAGCCCUUUCGAUGCCCACUCUCCCAACACUCCACCGUAUCUCUGACCCGCAGCUGGUCGAACAGUAUCGACUUCAGCAUGCCAUGGACCCAGAAGCCUUCGAAAAAGAAACCCGAGCCAUCAAGAAAGGGCUUGUGGGUGCAAAGGUUGCGAGAGGAGGGAAACCGAGACUGUUGAAGAAUGAAUAUACUGUUGAGUUAGCGAGUCGUGAGGACGCCGAGACUGCAGAGAGAUGGGCCAAAGACCAGGGGAGAACCUUCGGAAUUUCAGAUAUGAGAAGCAGGGCGAAUAGUAUGCUGACCGCAAGUGACGCAGCGUCUGCAUCUGGGGAGCUGGCUUUGAAGAUUAGAUCCGGGGAAAUGGCGACUGCAGCGAAGGAGUGCGAGGAACCAGACAAGACAGAGGACGCAUCGGAACUACAAUUUCCAAGCCUUCCACAAGCCGAGAACACCGGCGCAGCUCCAGAUCAGGCGGACGAGACCUGCUCGGCAGAGCCAAAGCACAAGCAAACCACAUCCUCAGCCUCGACCACGACUGCCGCCUAUACACUGCUGAAUCCCAAGCCAACGCUACGCAAAAUCAAAUCUCAACUAUCACGCCUCGACCUCUCGGCGCAUGUGAGCAAGAUUACUACAUACGGCAACGUGCGUCACCAGCACUCUGUCAAGCGAGAGGCGGAUGAUCAUGGCGAGAAACGCACGGUAAAGACAUGGAUCGAGAUAACCGAAGUUUAUGAAGUACCAACCUCAAAAUCACUUACAUUCAAGGAUGUGGCUGCAGCGGUCGAAGAGGAAGAAGAAGCGGAAGGGUGCGAUAGCGAUGGAGACGGUUGGGAAGGUGAGAGUGACGAGGGAUGGAGCGAGGAUAGUGACGAGAGCGAUGAUGACACUGCAAAGGAGAAGGGGAAGCGGAAGCCGGUGAAGAAGAACCAAAAGACAAAAUCCAAGUCCAAGGGCAAAGCCAAACGAUCGACUGCCCUGGAGAGUGACGAGGAAGGGUACAACUCAGACUCCGGUUCCGCGUCCUCUUCAUCCUCGACCACCUCCGAAUCCGACGGUGCAUCCGACCGCGUUGGCGUGCAUGCAUCAGUCAAACGCCACUACGACCGCAAUGAGACAGAAGCUGAAGCACUUUUCCGUUCCCUCUCGAGGUUUGGAGAGGUCAGCGCCGAGAGUAUUGCGCAGGUGAGCAGCGACCUGAGAGCGUUGAUGGCCGGUCUGAGGAUGGAUGGGAAGUUGGACACGCACCAGGCUUGA